GCAAUGCAUGCAAAGAUGGCGAUCAUCGCCAGCCGGCUGGCCUCUAUAAAGCACACUGCACACGGCCACGGCUGGCUCACCACUCACCAGUCACCACCUCUCUACUCCGACGAGACUUCCGCGAUGGAUGCUGCUGCUCUCAUGCCUCCGCUCGUCGUCUCCCUGCUCCUCUGCCUGCUGGCGGCGGCUGCCCCGGCGGCGUCCGCGGCGCGGGCCUUCUUCGUCUUCGGCGACUCCCUCGUCGACAACGGCAACAACAACUACCUGCUGACCACGGCGCGCGCCGACGCGCCGCCCUACGGCAUCGACUCCCCCACGCACCAAGCGACGGGGCGGUUCUCCAACGGGCUCAACAUCCCCGAUAUCAUCAGCGAGCACCUCGGGGCGGAACCUUUGCUGCCGUACCUGAGCCCCGAGCUCCGAGGGGAGAAGCUGCUCGUCGGCGCCAACUUCGCGUCUGCCGGCGUCGGGAUCCUCAACGACACAGGAAUACAGUUUGUGAACAUCAUCAGGAUCGGCGACCAGCUGCAGUACUUCCGGCAGUACCAGCAGAAGCUGAGAGCCCUCAUCGGCGAGCCGCAGGCGACGCAGCUCGUGAACCAGGCCCUGGUGCUCAUCACGCUGGGCGGCAACGACUUCGUCAACAACUACUACCUGGUCCCCAUGUCCGUGCGGUCGCGCCAGUACGCGCUCCCGGACUACGUCCGCUUCAUCAUCUCCGAGUACAGGAAGAUCCUCUCGAGGCUGUACGAGCUGGGCGCGCGGCGCGUGAUCGUGACGGGGACGGGGCCGCUGGGGUGCGUCCCGGCGGAGCUGGCGAUGCACAGCCAGAACGGCGAGUGCGCGGUGGAGCUGACGCGCGCCGUCAACCUCUUCAACCCGCAGAUGGUGGACAUGGUGCGCGGCCUCAACCGCGACAUCGGCGCCGACGUCUUCGUCACCGCCAACACCUACCGCAUGAACUUCGACUACAUCGCAAACCCGCAGGACUUCGGGUUCACGAACGUGCAGGUGGCGUGCUGCGGGCAGGGCCCGUACAACGGGAUCGGGCUGUGCACGCCGGCGUCGAACGUGUGCGCCAACCGGGACGUGUUCGCGUUCUGGGACGCGUUCCACCCCACGGAGAGGGCCAACCGCAUCAUCGUCUCCCAGAUCAUGCACGGCGACACGGACUACAUGCACCCAAUGAAUCUCAGCACCAUCCUCGCCGUGGACCGGGAGGGCCUGUAGAGUGGAGCGUAUAGCUUGAUCAGCUGGCCACGAGAUGUACGUACAUGUGUGAUGUGUCACGUACCUAGCACGCUAGUCAUGUGCUGCUGGAUGAUGGCAGCUCAGUUUGCCAUUCGUGCCUUAAUCCAAUUAAGCGACAGUGUUUCCCUGAUGUGUUACUAUAUGUUAUAAACAGAAUUAGUAAUUGGCUAAGAUUGAUCGAUUUGUGUCAUA